AUGCUGCCUAAAAGGGUUAUUUUCGGGCGGCAGCAGUCGUGCACGAUACUCAUGUCAGCGAAAUGGCCUGGUUACACGGUGACGGGUGGUAACCCUAUGUAUCCGGUGCUGCGCGUGUGGAACACUAGUAACUUCAUGUCGCUGAACGUGAACUAUCGCCUGCCGGUGACGGAGAGCAGCCCCGAGUGCACCAUCGUGCCAGAGCUGGGCAAAGGCGUGACCUGCCCUGCCAUCUCCAUCCAUCGGUCCUUCGGCGUGCAGAUUGGCAAGAGAGCACCACUAACUGGGCAAGGGAGUGGCAGAGCUGGGCAAGGAGUGGCAGAGCUGGGCAAGGAGUGGCAGAGCUGGGCAAGGAGUGGCAGAGCUGGGCAAGGAGUGGCAGAGCUGGGCAAGGAGUGGCAGAGCUGGGCAAGGAGUGGCAGAGCUGGGCAAGGAGUGGCAGAGCUGGGCAAGGAGUGGCAGAGCCAGGCAAGGAGUGGCGUGCCCCGCGACGCAGUCUUGAUCCAUCGAUCAUACGGCGUGCAGAUUGACAAGGUGAGUCCCUCCAUUCCAUCUGCUUCUCCUCAUCUGUCCACGUGCCUCCACUCUCAUCCCCAUUCCCUCUCCUUCCCUUCCCCUCACAGCACCGUCUUUGGCCCAGUGGGCGUGCAAUGGAGCAUGGCCAUGCCGCGUGCGGCUGGACUCACUAACGCUCACUGGAGUGGUUUCUCUCUCUUUUUCUCAUCCCACACAUCGUCUCAAGCUCCCGCGUGCCUCCAAGCUACCCCCUAUCCCGUCUACCUCUCUCCCCCCCAGGGCAACAUCUUUGGGCGAGUGGACGUGCUACGCAGCAUGGACGUGCGCCUGGACUCACUCUCGGUCACCGGAGUGGCUUCCUUUAUCAAGUCGCCUAGGGUGAUCCGAGUGGCCCUGUGUGGGUACGAGCCGGGACUUCUCAAAUCCAACGUUGUCAUCUCCAACAAUGAGGUGUACAGGGUGAACACCCCCGUUGUGCUGCACAGGGGAGCAGAGGGCAUAGCAGUCACCAGCAUCUACAUCCAUGACCAUUGGGUGAACACUCCGAUCCUCUUGCACAGGAGAGCAGUUGGUGUAACCGUCAGGAACAACUACGUGCGCGACUUCAUAUUCGCAGGGAUCAAGUGCGGUGCCGACGUGCAUUACAGCUUUGCGUGCAUGCUCUCUCGCAUCAACUCCAACCUUGUGGUUUCCUCUGGGAGGAACCUGAACGGGGAUCACGACUCGGCUGGGAUCUACUUCUACACGCACUGGUUCAGUCCCGGGAACUCGGCGCUGUGCAACUACGUGUUCAACGGCGACCACUGCUACUAUCUGGACCAUUGCACGUCAGGCGUGCUUGUCAGGGGAGGCGCGUGCGUGAAUACGUAUGACGGCAUGAAAGUGAAUAACGGCAAGCGGAACGUGAUAACGAACGUGGCGAUGAAAGGCACGCGGGGAUCGCUGGGGUGGACGUCAUGCUUCACAGUGACCGUCAACAACUGCCUCAAAGACCCCGGCAACUACUGGGAGGCCAUGCGCGUGAAAUACUACAACAGCGCCCGCAUCAACCACGUGAGUGAGAGCAGAGCAAGAACUAUGGCCUUCGAUGAAGGACGUCUGCAAGGAAACAUCGGCCAAUGGCGGCGUGUCAUGUAA